AUGCUUGCAAUGAAUCAUGAGCCCCCCCCCACGUCGGCUGGUCUCCGCAAUGAUCUCAUCGCCGCGGCGAUUAUUCCUCCCCUCCGAACAGUCCCUCUUCUGCACUCCCACGCUGGCCUCGUUGAGCGUGAUACCCCGAUGACCAACUCUAACAUGGCAUCCAAGCAGACGCUGCAAUCGAAAUACAAGCUCCGGUCCGGCCAUGAGAUUCCAGUGCUGGGCUUUGGGGGCCAGCUGACAGAUCAAAGUCCCCCUUCAACUACAGAAAAGGUGGUUGCAGAAGCGCUGAAAAAUGGAUUUCGACAUAUCGACUCUGCUAUCAUGUACGGCAAUGAAAGGGCUUGUGGUCGUGCCAUCCGGGACUCCGGCCUUGAUCGAUCCGACAUCUUCUUCACCACCAAGAUCCCUCCGGAGUCGAUGGGCUACAGUGAUGCCCGACGUGCGAUUGAGUCGAGUCUACGUGAAGCUGGCCUCGAUUACUUUGAUUUGAUUCUGAUUCAUGCUCCCUACGGGGGCAAAGAAGCCCGUCUCGGGAGCUGGCGGGCCUUAGUCGAGGCUCAAAAGGCCGGCAAGGUCAAAUCAAUCGGAGUGUCCAACUACGGCAUCCACCACCUUGAAGAGCUGGAAGAGUACAUUCAGGGCGGCGGUGGAGGCGAGAUCUCCGUCGGCCAGUACGAACUUCAUCCUUGGCUGGACCACUCGGAUAUCGUCGAGUGGUGUCAGAGUCGAGAGAUUGUCGUCGAGGCCUAUUCUCCGCUCGCGCAUGGGACCCGAUUCCGGGAGCCGGUGCUGGCUCAGAUUGGAGAAAAGUAUGGCAAGUCGCCUGCACAGGUUCUAAUCCGGUGGAGCCUACAGAUGGGAUUUGUGCCGCUCCCCAAGUCUGCAAAGACCCAGCGCAUUCCACAGAAUGCAAAUGUGUUUGAUUUUGCGCUCUCGCCGGAGGAUAUGAAGCUGCUAGACACGGGCGAGUAUAGUCCCACGGAUUGGGAUCCCACGGUGGACGAGGAUUAG